GCCACGUGCGGCGCUGUUGACUCCCGGUGCGGAAGGAUGAGUUCCCAGAGGGGGAACGUGGCCCGCUCACGGCCCCAGAGACAUCAGAACUCGCGAGUCUUCAAAAAUGACAAGUAUGACACAAGCGCCCAGCGCAAGAAAAUCAAUGCAAAGCUUCAUGAUGGAGUGUGUCAGCACUGUAAGGAGGUCUUGGAGUGGCGUGUAAAAUUCAGCAAAUACAAACCACUAUCAAAACCGAAGAAAUGUGUGAAGUGCCUCCAAAAGACUGUAAAGGAUUCUUACCAUAUUAUUUGUAGAUCUUGUGCUUGUGAAUUAGAAGUCUGUGCUAAAUGUGGAAAGAAAGAAGAAAUUGUAGUUCUGAUCAGUAAAGGACCAGAGAAGAUGGAGAAUGAGACUACUGCAAAUUGCCAAAGAAGGAUCAGUAGAAGAGAGGAGUCAGAGGAAAGUGAUGAACUGGAUUUUGACAUUGACUUAGAUGGCAUGGAUGAGAAGAAUCCUGACAUGCUUGAGGAACAUUUUAAAAAUAUGAAGUUUGAAAGGACAGAAGUCUGAAACUGUUCCUGUAGAAUCUUAUAUGAAAGGCUAAAGUUCUAGUCGGGAGACUGUACAACUGAAGAAAAAAGUCAAAGUGAUACUUACCUAGUAUUUCCACUAGGACAGUUCAGUCUGACAUUUGAGUGCUUAACACACUGCUAAUAUAAAUGGAACAUUUAUAUUAGAAUUGGCUCUCAAAAAGCUUUAUGCAAGAGGGAUUCCACAAUAAAAAAACAUAUGUCAAUUUCUGGUAUACAGGGAGUUAUGGAGCCUUUCCACUUCCAGGUCAUUGGUUUUAAAAAUCAUCCUGAUUGGAAGUGUCUGUAACUCACUGUCAUGUGGUGACUAUUCUGUUUGUGCAAAGUGAGUUGCAGAUCUCAGGCCAAAGUAUUAUGGACAAAUGGCCGUAUCACAGGAAGGAAAGUUAAACUGUCAAAAAUAGCGCUAAUGAACAAUUCUAGAGACUAAGCUACUUUCUUAGUCAUGCUAAUAUGCUCCAGAACAGGGUUCUGCAGAGUACUGCCACUACCCCCACGCUUGCUGCUCAUCUCGUGUGUGUAAAUAGAAGAUCUGAAUGCUGUUAUGGUACCUCUCAUAAGCAACAGUACUUCAAUUGAAGUCAUGUCAUUAACAUUUAAAAUGUUAAUGACAUGACUAAGAUUCCCAGUGUGGAAAGACCACAAGCCUACUGUUUUUGGUUAGUAUAUAGUUGGUUUCACACAGCUGAUCUUUCCUUUGUGAGCUGUAUUUCUAAUUCAGUUUGCCUUAUGAUAUGAGAAAUAAAUAGUGUCCUCUAGUGACAGUCACGUAUAACUGCAUUUAUUUUUCAGCUGCAAUAUUGCCAGGUUUGAUCUCUAAUCUAGUUCAUGUGUUUUUGUAGGAACAGCCUUUCUGAAAUUAAAGCAAAUCAGUUUUCUACAUUAAGGAGAACUAACUAUAAAAUAUGGACUAGAACAUCUUAAUGGGGAAGGCUUAACUAAGUUUAUUGGAAUAGAAUAACCCUUUUAUUACUUGAAUUCAGUAGCACCUCUUGGUUGUGUGCUUCGCAACCUGAAAUACUGCUGGAAUUAGCAAGUGUUUCAUCUGCUAUGGCAAUAGAUUCCAAGGCCAGAGGGGACCAAAAGUAUUAAACAAAAUUUUUACAAGAGACUAUUUAAAUUAACCACAUAUGGAUCAUCAUAGAAUUGCCCAGUUCUAAGGGACUUUGCUCAGUGUACACAGCUGACCUACCAAACAAAGUGCCAUCUUGGAUGCCCUGUCCAAUUACAGCAGCAGUGAGCCACGGAGGUUGAACUUCCUCACACCCCACUUGGAAAGUGGGGAAAUGUGGGUGGUUUUUUUUAGCCCAUGUAAGGCAAUAAGGGUUGGUUCCCAGUAGGUGGGAACUGCUAUACCAUGGAUCUUUUUUUAUCCAAGCAAUUUGAGCAAUUGCCAGGGAAUCUAAAUCAUGAAAGAAAUUGCAUGCAGGCUGCCACGGAGUGUUGAGUAUACAAAGGUGGCGGAUAUUGAGCCAAAAAUGAGGAAUAAAAUGAGUUCUUUUGCAUAAAGA